AUGUGUAAGAUAUGUCAAUCUCUUCCCAUGGACACUGUUAGAAACUCUGUGCUGCUGCCCGAUGAGCUCUACAUUGCUUUGAGUCGAUUCCUAAGAUAUCAGCAGGAGCAGAAUAAGGCUGCCUCGUGGCGACAUUGCUCUGAAAGUGACUCCGAUGAGACGCUCGACGCAGCAUACGUAAAACACACCUGUCACAAAAACUAUCAACCUAUAAUGCGUUCGAAUAAACCUAAAGAUGCAACUGAUCCAACGCAACGCAAACCCACGCCGAACAAUCUCCAGGAUGUGCCAGAAACAGCACCGCAAUUGCCCUAUCAGCAGGAAUUUUGGAAUACAGUGCAGCCUCAGACGUCCAGCAUAGUGCGCCAUCCGAUCGAUCGUCGCGCUCGUUCCUUGAGCGCUCCGGCUUCUCGCACGGAAUCUCAGCGCGAUUGCAUUAGAGGCGUUGAUAACUUUUGCCACGUUCAACCAGAAAAGCCAAUUAAUUACCUGGGCUUGCAGCCAACUGGUGCCUACGGACAGCCAGAACAGCCAAAGCCAACAAUACCAGCCAGGGAUUGCUCAGCGUGUCCCAAUAGGUCUGGCAAUGUGAAUACCUACGAUCCGAUGCGGCCACAAUUGACAAAUCAAACGAGUGACACCGGCUUUGACCUGAGCUAUGAAAAAUGGCUGCGACAGCAAAAUCAGAGACAGCAGCAGCAGCAACCGGGCUAUAGUACGUGGCAAAGGAACGAUCAGAGCUUGGAUAAUUUUGAGCCUGCGCUGAAUAGCACCAUGAUUGCCGGCAGGGCGCCUUCUAAGCGUACGUCCUGCGCAAAUGUGCGGCAGCAGCAGCAACAACAACAACAACAACUGCUGCAGCAGCAGCAGCAGCAUCAACAACAACAGCUGCAACAGCAGCAGCGGAUAGCAACAUGUAAGUCUUCCGCAAUAGUCUACGAUCCGAAUCAGGGUCAAUCAUAUCCCGCAUGUUGCAUGAAACAAAGGCAACCGGUUUCAGUUCCCAGUCAGGCGCAAUAUCCCUGCCAGCAAAGGCCAGCAACAGCUAUGGAUAUGCAGCGUCAGCAGGCACAGCAGUGUGAAAUGCUCGAAUCGUACGACACUACGAACUAUAUUCAAAUGCCCCCGGCACAGCCACAGAGGCCGCCCUGCUUGAGGCCCAAUGUUCAGCAGCCAACCAAUGUCACGUUCAGCGAUCAAUAUAUGAUGGCUUCAGCUGCGAGUAGAACUCAACCGAGUGACAAUUUUGCCAGCGAUAGUUGGCCAAGCACGAGCCGUAAUACCUGCUAUCCGUCGAUCGUGGCACCUCCUUGCCGGCCAGCCACGAUUAUGACGAGCCAGGCAACCACAUCUCGAUUAAUGCCGUUUAACGAUAAUUCGACGCCUGAGGAGCGUUAUAUACAGCGCACCAAUACGCUCUUCUUUAACGCAUUGGUCAUGGACCAAGGCUGCCCGGGUAUUAUACAGAGUUCCCUUGAUGGUGUCGAGGACUUCAACGCGUACGCCUUCGACAUUGCAUUUGCCGGUAGCAUACCAGAAAAGCCAUAUCCCAUCGAUCCCAUAACCAUGCUGGAAGCCAUUAAAUUACGCAUCGAUUAUGAGCGAGAGGAGAUUCGGAAAAGGUGUCCACCAAAUGCGAAAAUGAAUGCCAAGGAAAAGUUCAAGCGGGAUGCUGACUCGGAUAGUUUAUCGGAUAGCAGCAAAGAUGGCCUAAGAAAAUCAAAGGGAAAGGACAGAGAAAAGGAAAAGGGACGGUAUUAUUCUGGUUCAACCAUCUGGAAAAAGCAAAAGAAGGCCGGAGACACAAAAUCAUCUAGCGGUAAGACAUCUAUGCCCCGGGAGAUAAGCGACAUCGAUAGACAUUUCGCUUCCAAGAACAAGUCGGAGGUAAACGACGGUGUGCUUGCAUUUCUGAAGGCCGAAAACUCUUAUAAAAAUGGACCCACACCCACGCAGUAUAAUGAUAUUUCAGCCGAUAUCCAUUCACAUGAAUCAAACUUUUUUGGGUUGCCCAUCAAAAUGAAGAUUUACACCGCAACGACAUGGCCCACUGAAUAGCACACCUGAUGAUUCCUAUGGAAAAUAUUAUGGCAUUCUCGUUUUAGGGAAUUGAUAUUUUCGGGAUUUUAAUCAUAAAAAUAAAUGUAGUGUUAUAAUUCUUUAAAGAUAAUUUGGUUCUGAAUCAAAUCGUCUCAGG